UGCUCGGUUUGGUCGGUCCCGGAGCGAGGUCCCGGCGAUGGCGGCGGUGGAUUCGGAUGUCGAAUCCCUCCCGCGUGGGGGUUUCCGGUGCUGCCUCUGCCACAUUACUACAGCCAACCGGCCCAGUUUAGAUGCCCACUUGGGAGGCCGGAAGCACCGACACCUGGUAGAAUUACGAGCUUCCCGGAAGGCCCAGGGUCUUCGAAGUGUCUUUGUCAGUGGCUUUCCCCGGGAUGUGGAUUCAGCUCAACUCUCUGAGUACUUCCAAGCAUUUGGGCCUGUGGCCAGUGUUGUCAUGGACAAGGACAAGGGCGUGUUCGCCAUCGUGGAGAUGGGGGACGUGGGGGCCCGGGAAGCAGUCCUGUCACAACCUCAGCAUAGCCUGGCUGGACGUCGCCUGCGAGUCCGGCCUCGAGAGCAGAAAGAGUUCCAGAGUCCAGCUUCCAGGUCCCCCAAAGGAGCUGCCCCUGACAGUCAACAGUUGCUCAAGGCGCUGGCCGAGGCCCCAGAUGUGAGCGCCCAGAUGAGGAAGCUCGUGGGCCUGAGGGAGCUGUCGGAGGCUGAGAGACAGCUGCGGAGCCUCGUGGUGGCCCUGAUGCAGGAGGUCUUCACUGAGUUCUUCCCCGGCUGUGUGGUCCAUCCUUUUGGCUCUUCCAUAAACAGCUUUGACGUCCAUGGCUGCGAUCUUGACCUCUUCCUCGACCUGGGUGACUUGGAAGAGCCUCAGCCGGGCGCAAAGCCACCGGAGUCUCCCUCCCUGGACUCGGCCCUGGCCUCCCCACUGGAUCCUCAAGUCCUGACCUGCGCCCCAGCUUCUCCGCAAGACUCUGAAACCCUGGACUUGGAAGCCCUGUCCUCCCUGGCACCCCGGACUCCAGACUCCGCUUUGGCCUCCGAGACCCUUGCCUCUCCCCAGUCCCUGCCCCCAACCUCCCCACUGCAGGAUGACGGGGCCUCGGGGGACCUGGGCAAGGCCCCGAAGGCCGAGAGAGCGGAGGGUGGGGCCAUGCUGGAACUGGUGGGGUCCAUUCUCCGGGGCUGUGUCCCCGGAGUGUACCGAGUCCAGACUGUGCCCUCUGCUCGCCGGCCCGUCGUCAAGUUCUGCCAUCGUCCUUCCGGGCUCCAUGGUGAUGUCUCCCUGAGCAAUCGGCUGGCUCUGCAUAACUCUCGCUUCCUGAGCCUCUGCUCGGAGCUGGAUGGGCGAGUCCGGCCCCUCGUCUAUACUGUCCGCUUCUGGGCUCAGGGUCGGGCGCUGUCAGGGAGCGGCCCCCUGCUCAGCAACUAUGCCCUGACCUUGCUCGUCAUCUAUUUCCUUCAGACCAGGGACCCCCCUGUGCUGCCCACUGUCCUGCAGCUCACUCAGAAAGCAGAUGAGGGGGAGCAGGUGGAGGUCGACGGCUGGGACUGUAGCUUCCCCCAGGACGCCUCGAGCCUGGAGCCCAGCACUAAUACGGAGCCCCUGAGUUCCCUGCUGGCCCAGUUCUUCUCCUGUGUUGGCUGCUGGGAUCUUGGCGGCUCGCUGCUGUCCCUGCGGGAGGGCCAGGCUCUGCCCAUGGCCGGGGGCUUGCCUGCCCCUGGCUGGGAGGGCCUGCGCCUUGGCCCCAUGAACCUCCAGGACCCUUUCGACUUGAGCCACAAUGUGGCGGCCAACGUGACAAGCCGGGUGGCCGGUCGGCUGCAGAGCUGCUGCCGGGCGGCUGCCAACUACUGCCGGAGCCUCCAGUUCCAGCAACGCUCCUCCCGGGGUCGUGACUGGGGGCUGCUCCCACUGCUGCAGCCCAGCUCUCCCAGUGCCCUGCUGUCUGCCACUCCCAUCCCCUUACCCCCUGCGCCAUUUCCCCAGCUCACAGUCGCCCUGGCUAAGGUGUUGCGGGAAGCACUGGGGUGCCGCCUAGAACAGGGCACCAAGAGACUGAGGCCUGAGGGUGGGGGAGCUGGGGAUUCACCCCAGGCCGAGACAAGUAAGAGGCUGAAACUGGACGAACAGAAGAACAGCUGGGAGGGGGAGAAAGAGCAGCUGUUGGCAAGUACAGGGGACCAUAGCGAAGAUGGGAUAGAAGAAAUGGUCGUCGAGGUGGGUGAGACGGUGCAGGACUGUGCCAUGCAGAGCCCCACGCGGCCAGAAAAGCCUUUGGACCCUGAAAACGAGGGCCUGCUGGCAGAGCAGAGGCCUGGGGAGCCCCCUGCAGCCCUGGAGGGACCCCAGAGUGGGGUGUCUUUCUCCCCUGUGAGCUGGCGCUGUGCUUUGUGGCACCGAGUGUGGCAGGGGCGGCGACGUGCUCGAAGACGCCUUCAGCAGCAGCAGACCAAGGACGGGGGUGCAAGUGGUCCUUGCUCAGGACCCCAGUGGCUGGUGACCGAGGCUCUGGUAACCCAGGAGCUGAGAGGCCCCAACAAUGCUCCAGGGACCCUAGAGACGGCGCCACUUCUGACCUUUGUGGCAUCUGCCUCCCCUGCUGACCAGACUCUCACAGUGACCCCGGUCCAGGAUUCUCAGGGCCUGUUCCCCGAUCUCCAUCAUUUUUUACAGAUAUUCCUUCCUCAAGCACUCCGAGCCCUCCUCAAGUAAGGGCAAGGCAAUAAAGCUGCUAGAUUACUAAA